UGUAGCAUCUUAGUAAUGCAUUUGUGGCCGCAGUGCCAAAGCCGACUUCAUCGGUGCAAGAUACCAUACCACAUCCCCCCCCCCCCUCGUCACGGCCUGCUUGUGGGGAGUUUCCCCGUAAGGAAUUUCCUCCGUCGAAUUUUUGUGUACGUGUUGGACGAAUUUGGAGGUUGCCGACGGAAGGCGGUGCAAGGUAGAGGGAAAAUGUUAGAGACACGGUUACCGAGGAUGACCCUGCAGGCGCUGUUGGUGGUGGCCGUUGUGGCGGUGACCUGCGAGGCGGUGAUCAAGUACCCGCCCAUGAUGACGAAACAGCCGCCUUCCAACGAGGAGCUGCUGUUCCAAGUGGCCUCCAGGAUGGACGAGAACGACAAACCUUUUAUUAUCGAAUGCGAGGCAGAAGGAGAGCCAGCCCCGAAAUACCGAUGGGUAAAGAACGGGAAAGAAUUCGACUGGCAAACCUACGACAAUCGAAUUUCACAGCAGCCAGGAAGAGGCACGUUGGUGAUCACGUCUCCAAGGGAUGAGGACCUGGGCCAGUACCAGUGCUUUGCAACCAAUGACAUGGGAACAGCAACUUCAAACUCUGUGUUUGUGCGUAAAUCUGAGUUGAAUAGCUUCAAGAAUGAGGAUCCAGUGUCUGAGACUGUCAAUGAGGGUGAUCCAAUUGGACUGACUUGCCAGCCACCAGAUGGUUAUCCUAAACCAUUUGUAUACUGGAUGAUUCAGGAUGACCGAGGUGCUCUGCGUAGCAUUAACUCUUCCAGAAUGACUGUGGACCCUGAAGGAACCCUUUGGUUUUCCAAUGUCACUCGAUUUGAUGAAUCCAAUGACUUCACAUAUGCCUGCUCUGCAACAUCCACUUUCCGUAAUGAAUACAAGCUGGGCAAUCGUGUUUACUUGCGUGUAUUCCAGAGCGGUAGUACUUCAGUUCAGACUAAAAAUGAACCUGAAGUGCAGUUCAAAUCCCGCAAGAACACUGCCAUUUUGAAGGGGAAAACCUUGAGACUUUGGUGCAUCUUCAGUGGAACGCCCUUACCUGAGAUGCUUUGGAAGAAGAGCAACAACUCGAUCCCAGUUCCUUUACCACAUGACCGUGUUGACUAUGAAAAUUAUGGCAAGACUUUGGUCAUCCGUUAUGUAGACUUUGAAGAUGAAGGCCAGUAUGAAUGUGAAGCAAGCAACGGUGUUGGUGUAGCCAAGUCCUACACAAUGAAUGUUAAAGUACAAGCAAUUCCCUACUUUGAGAAGGAACCUGAAAUAGAGAACAGGGCUGAAGGUGAGACUGCCACAUUCUACUGUGAAGCUGGUGGAAGGCCUCCCCCAAAGCAGUAUUGGAUCUACAAUGGCAUGCCUAUUGAGGAAGCCCCGUACAACCCCCGUCGUAUUGUUGAGCCAAAUAGGAUUAUCAUCAAGAAUUUGACAAAGGCUGAUACAGGCAAUUAUGGUUGUAAUGCGACAAAUGUUCAUGGAUAUGUCUACAAGGAUGUUUAUGUUAAUGUUCUUGCAUUGCCUCCUGAAAUCCGUGUCCCACCUAGUGAUGUUCAAGCAGUAGAUGGACAGCAAGUCAACCUUACUUGCCGAGUGUUUGGAGCCCCAAAACCGCGCAUCACCUGGAUUAAGGAUAAUGUUGAGAAGACUGGUGGACGGUUCCAUGUAACAGAGGAUGGAGAUCUUGUUAUCAGGGAUGUCUCAUUCACUGAUGCUGGAGAUUAUACAUGUGUUGCUGAGAACAAGUUUGGCCAGCAAGAAGCUCAUGGAUCUUUAGUUGUAAAGGAGAGAACACGUAUUACUAAUACUCCAGAAGAUUACGAAGUUGCUGCAGGACAAACUGCUACAUUUAGAUGUAAUGCUGUAACUGAUAGUGACUUAGAACUUAGUAUCGAGUGGCUUACUGAUGGUAAGCUUAUUGAUUUUGAUCAAGAACCAAGAUUUGUACAGCAGUCUGAUUCUUCCCUGAGUAUCACUAAGACAACUGAAUUAGACUCUGGGGUUUACACUUGUGUCGCCUCAACUGAACUGGAUAAGGUUACUGCUGCUGCCACUCUCAUUGUUCAAGAUGUACCAAAUCCACCAAAAUUACUGCUGCCAGUGGUAUGUAAUGACCGCGAUGCAAGCGUUGAGUGGCAACCCAUGGGUGACAACAGAGCUCCAAUCCUUGGUUAUAUCAUACAGUAUAAUACAAGCUUCACUCCAGAUACUUGGGAAAAUGCAUUUGAUUCUGUACCUGCUACAAGUACACAGUUCAAUAUCAAUCUCAGUCCUUGGGCCAACUACACGUUUAGGGUGAUUGCUCGUAACAAGAUUGGGCCAUCAUUACCAUCAGAUCAUUCUGGAAUGUGCACCACACCCCAAGAUGUUCCUUACAAGAAUCCUGAUGGUGUUGAAGGCAAGGGCUCCACCCCACAGAACCUUGUCAUCAAGUGGUCUCCAAUGCCAGAAAUUGAACACAAUGGUCCAGGAUUCAAGUAUCGAGUAUAUUGGAAGAGAGACGACAUUGAUAAUACUAGAUGGAAAACAGAGGAUGUCUUAGAUUGGGAGCAAGAUCAUUUGGUUGUAGAAAGCCAGCCUACAUUCAAACCAUAUAGGAUCAAAGUGGAAGCCCAUAAUGAGAAGGGACAAGCUCAUGUUGCAGCUCCUGAAGUACUGGGUUGGUCAGGAGAGGAUGUUCCUACUGAAGCUCCAAGAAAUUUGAGUUUGAUAGAAUUAAGAGAUGCAACAACAGCUUUAUUGGCAUGGGAACCUGUGUCCAAUUCUUCAAUUCGUGGUCACUUCAAGGGAUACAAGAUUCAAACUUGGACUGAAAAUGAAAAUGAAGAGAAAGCAAGGGACAUAAUAGUAGAGAAUAAUAAUGAACCAAGUGCCCUUGUAACCUCCUUUGUUCCAUACACAAAGAACUUUGUUCGUGUUCUGGUGUUUAAUGGUGCCUAUGAUGGUCCUCCUAGUGAGACUAUUAGCUUUGUGACUCCUGAAGGAAAGCCUGGCCCGGUUGAUUCUCUUGAUGCCAUCCCUAUGGGCUCAUCAGCAUUUUUCCUCAUUUGGAAGAAACCCAAGCAACCAAAUGGAAUUUUGACUGGAUACCACAUUUACUAUCAAGUGGUUGAGGGAACAGAAACAGGGCCAAUGUCUGAGAGGGAUCCCCCCAUCAAUGAUCCAAUGGUCACUAGGGCCAAGUUGGCUUCACUUAAGCCAGCCACUAAGUACCGCAUCACAAUCAGGGCCAGAACUGCAAUGGGAUUGGGCUCCAGCUACUACAUUGAAAGAAUGACUCGAAGUACUGGAGCUUCACCACCAGGAAAGCCAACAUUCAUCUGGCAGCACAUCAGCACAAAGACAGGAACCCCAGCUAUAAAGAUUACUUGGAUCCCUAACACCGAAAGCAAUCCUGGCUCACAUUUCUUUGUGAAGUACAAGUUGUAUGGAGAAAGCAUGUUCCAGGAGACCAAACCAGAACUGUACCAGGACUUCACAAUACUCAAGGGACUAGAACCUGAGAGAGCAUACAAAAUGAGUGUAGUUGCAGUAGAUGGUGAAUUCACUACCGAAUCUGAUAUAGAGGAGAUUGAUACACAUACAACUGGCAUUUCUUCAGAAGUGACACGGCGCCCAUCAGACAGUAUUGCAACACGAGGAUGGUUUAUUGGCAUGAUGCUUGCAAUUGCAUUCCUUCUUCUGAUCCUCAUCAUUGUGUGCAUUGUAAAACGCAACCGUGGUGGAAAGUAUGCUGUCCAUGAAAGGGAGGCAGCACAUGGCCGUACUGAUUUCAAUGAAGAGCAGGGAUUCCCAGAAUAUGCCCAGCCACUGGAUGGAGCAAAAAGAGAUAGCCUGGGAAGUGACGUGAAAAACCCAAUAGAGUCCGAUACAGAUUCAAUGGCUGAGUAUGGUGAUGGGGAAACAGGAACAGGAAUGGCUGAGGAUGGUUCCUUUAUCGGUCAGUAUGGCCGGAAGAAGGGAGAGACAACGUCCAAUGCAUUUGCCACCCUAGUUUGAUGUUAUACCUGCAUUCCUGAAGGUUUACAGAAGAUGGCUCAUUCAUUGGACAGUAUGGAGGAGCCACCGGGAAGAGGAAGCCAGUCCCAGAGGACAAGUCACCAUCAGCUGUGGCAACUUUUGUCUAGGGACAGUCUUGACACUGAAGCAUUCUUCAUCUGUGGCCAUCAUACUUCUCAAAGCCCCUUUCUCUGGCCACACAAGUUCAUCAUUUCAUGUUUCAUUACCCUGUGAUUUGAGGGUAGUCGAGAAACAGUUGCUCCUAAACAUCUGUUUUGUUUUAAUACUUGUGUCAGUGUUAUGAAAAGUGAAAUAUAUAUGAGGAAAAUAAUUAAAAAGUAAAGCAUCACGAUUUAAAUGGGGCAAGGUAGACUUUAAAAAAUAUAGGAAUAUAUAUUAGUAUUAUUUACCAUCAUAUUGGAAGUAUGUGAUCAGUCAGAUAUACAAGAUAUUAGUGUGACCAGUGAAAUAGAAACAUGCUCAAGCACAUUGCAAGCUUCAGAGAAUGACUUGAACACUUAAGAACAUUAAACAGAUACAGGUAAUUGAGUGAGAUCUCCUCAAUGAAAAAUGCCAUAUUAAGGCUGCCCAUAGUGAUAUUUUUUUCAUCUGAUUUAACCCCAUAGAGUAGUUGAAUGUAAUUAAGACCUUUGCUAUACUUGAUAAGGUCAUGUGAACUUUCAAGGAUUUUAUUGAUAUCUGUGAGUUUAAGUAUUAAACAUUUAGUUGGACUGAGAGUUGUGUAAACUUUGAAACCAAAUGUUGCUAAUGCUGUCUCAUUAUUUAACUUGUGCCAAAAUGGCCAUGGAAAAUACUUCCUCUAGAUAAUUUAGGAUGGAGGCAAGAAGGUAUAUUGUAAUAAUAAGCUGAAGAUAGUUCUCACAAUAAGUGAAUCUCAACAAAAAAUGCCAGUUCCUGUUGGCAAGUUUAUUUCUUUUAGUGCAUCCAAAGUGAAUAAUGAUGGCACAAUGUGUGAGAGAGGACUCAAUAGAUAUUUACAGGCCAUCUCUUGUUUUAGGACAAAACCUUUUAGUGGUGCCCCACUGGUUAUCAGGCAAAUGAUUACAGCUGUACACUGGAUAUUGGAAAUAUGAUCUCCAUAAAAUCCCAGUGAACAUAUACAGUUGCCUCGUUGCAAAAGAUAUAGUAAUAAGAAAGUGUUCCUGUAAACGGGAAUUAAGUAAACAUUUCUAUAUAGCCACCUGGCAUUGAUGUAAGUGUUGCAAUUAAGAUGUAAAUGUGCCUCUUGUCAGCUUUUGAAUCACAAUUAAGCAUUGCUAGUUUUCUUUCCACUUUGAGUAUGUGAUGAGCCAAGUUAAUAAUGGAUGAUUGGUAUUAUGGGGCUCUUUAUAUUCAUUGGUCUACAUAUGAAUGGUAAAGAGUCUUGUGUAUCAUAACCAUUCCUUAUGAAUACUCAUCAUAUCACUAAUAAUGCUGUUGUGAGACUUUGUGUGAAUCUCAUUCCAGAGUAUUGAUAUCUAACAUUUAUGUUUGAAGAACAAUUCAAAACUUAUUUUCUUUUUUUCUUUUUUUUUUCCAUUUCAUUUUUGAUCCCUGUAUAAAUCUCACAAUUCUUGCACAAACAUGCUAGGAUCUGGUAAUAUUUAACCCAUGUAAGGCAAGAGUAUAUUAUAGGGCUGCUGCACCACAGAUGAAGACAGUCAGUUUAUGCCAAUGAUCUCUAGUUUUGUGUUUGAAAGUUGUAGCAUUUCCUUGAUGGUUUCACUCCAGAUAUUGACAGUCUGUAGUAGAGCCACCAAGGUAGUCCCUGGUCACGGCUCAUUCACGCCUUCGCUGUGACAAGCACUAAGUGUCAAAGUUUGAAAAACAUUGCCAGCAUUGUGUGAAUGUUUGUUAUUUUUAUACAAGUGCCCUUUUGUAUCCUUUAAAAUUCUGUGGUAAUAUGCUACUUCACUUUUAUUUC